AACAGCAAAGGUAAAACAGACUGUAAACAUAGCGGAGCUGGGUUACGUCAAUAACAUUUUACUAGAAGUAUUUUCGUAACUGACCGCUUUACAGAUUAUUCAAACGUAAAUGGACACACAGUCGUAUUUUCCCGUACCGCCUGGGGUGGGUAUGGAGGAGAAUUUCCUGUCUUUGGACGAUAUUUUGCUUUCUCAUGAGAGACUUCCUAUCCGGACAGAGUGCACUUUCCCCCGGCUUGGCUUUCUGGAGAAGUCGAGUGACACGCAGGACAUCCCGGAGGGUACAAAGAUGGAGCUUCCUCUGUGGCUGACCAAGGGCCUGUACGAGAGGAAGAGGAAAGUGGUCUCUGUGGAGCUUCCUAAGGUGUACAGAGAGGGUUGGAGGACCGUGUUCAAUGCUGAUCCCAACGUGGUGGACCUCCAUAAGAUGGGGCCCUACUACUAUGGCCUGGGAUCCCAGAUGCUGCACUUUGACAGCCCAGAGAAUCCUGAGAUCGCACAGACUUUGCUGCAGACAUUUAUCGCUCGCUUCAGGCGGACCAUGGACUCCUCCCAGAACGCCUACAACGAGGACACGUCAGCGCUCGUGGAGCGUCUGGACUGUCUGGAGAAGGCUCUGUUCAGGUCUGGCCAGAGCGGCCUAAACGGCUUCCAGAGCUGGGAGAAGGGACAGGCCUCGCAGCUCACCGCCUCCAGCCUGGUUCUCAACUACCGCAAGAGGAAAAUCACCGAUGUUCAGCCCUAGCCCUGCUCACCCACAAGAGACUCUUUUUAGUGCCGUCUUUGUCCACGGACCGCUUCUUCCCCUCAGCCUGAGCCAUACAGGGAGUGUUGAGACGUGGACCCUGUAAGGAGUAUAAAGACAUUUCUAUUUAUUUGUCACAUUGUGUGCAUUAAGAAACUUCUUUGUGACAUUUACACAAGUAAAGACUGUUUUUACCAGUAAAUAUUGAAAACAUUUGCUACUUUCUAUCAUUACAAGGCGAGUUAUAAUAUCUUCUACUUUGGUUUGAAUUUUUAAAAAUCUAAAAUUAAAGCAACGUUAUGAAGAUAUUCAUCCUAAUAUCUAAAGGCCUGUUAAUAAACUUGUGAUAUUGGUAUUAGAGCAGGGUGAUAUGACCAAAAAUAUUUAUCACGAUAUACAUUUGAAAAUUUGCGAUAACUAUAUAACUGACGAUAUAAUUGACACUAGACAAAAUACUUUACAACUCCACAACUUUAUUAGUGCAAAAAAACAAAACAUCAGUGCACCCCAGGGUGGCUGUGGCUACAGUGUAGCUUGCCAUCACCAGUGUGUGAAUGUGUGUGUGAAUGGGUGGAUGACUGGUUGUGUAAAGCGCUUUGGGGUCCUUAGGGACUAGUAAAGCGCUAUAUAAAUACAGGCCAUUUACCAUUUACCAUAUUUUCACUUAAACAAGCAGCUGUUUUUUAUGUGCAUUAAAGUUAUAUAAAAAUUUAACAGUGCAAAUGCAAAUUCCUUGCUGACAGUUUAACCAAAAGGCAUUUCCAGUGGAAACUGGCCGACAUAUCCUCAGCAUAACCAUGUAUAAUAUCCACAAAACUUAAAAAGAGGUUAUACACACACACAAUACGGUAAUAUUAUGUUGAAGCACAGUACGUAUCACUCCGCGAGGCUCCUGCCUACGAUAGCCAUAAUGCUCCGACAAUCCAUCAAGCGGUGCGGGUUCGUAGCUUAGCAAAGUCGUACUAAAAUAUUUGACAGAUUUUCGAGCGCCGUGUACCACAGAAAAUUGUUUCGAGGUCAGUAAACACAACCAGAAUUCAUACAUAAGGCACACGGGAUUAUAAGGGGCACUGUCGAUUUUCAGAAAAAUCAAAGGAUUGAUUUUAAGUGUGCCGUAUUAUCCAAAAAACACGGUAAUAACGACGGCCCGCUAGCAUGCUCUACCAAAAAUAGUGCUUUGUUGUGUAUCUGACGAAAGCUAAACCAGUUCCACACCACUGAAGUUGCAGCAUUUUUACAAACCAGUUCUGGUUCAUCCGUUUCAUUCAACGAUCUGCUUUCGCCCUUCUCAUUCUCCGCCAUGCUUUAGCUGCCAUGUGCGUAUGGAAACAAAGGCACUGUGCAUGCGCGUUUUAUCCAUAUUCUAUCGCAAUAUUUCGUUUUCUUAUUGUUGCCCAACAUUAUACCGGUAUUACUGUGAAUGGUAUGAUAUGGCCCAGCCCUAAUUGGUAUACUCUCUCAGAAUAAAGUACUUUAUUGUACUGUUAGGGGUAGAACCUCGAUGCGACCCUGUAAUAAAAUUUCUUUCAAAUUUUUUAUGCCCACAGCACUUCAAAGGGUGAGCCAACACUUCAAGGUUCACCUGUAUCUGAGCUAGAGCUGGGGGAUAUAAGAUUUUUUCAUAUCACCAUAUGUUUUUUUUCAUUUCAGGCGAUAACGAUAUAUAUCACAAUAUAAGCCAAAUAACUAUAUUUGUAAGAUUUAAAUGUGCCGUUGCUCACAAGUAAAAUGUGAAAUAAUCAGCAGCUUGUCUUGAUUUUAAUAUUUAUUUCCCAUAAGUUCA